AUGAAGCCUCGCUCGUUGUACUCAUUAUGCUUAGCACUUGGUGUUGCCUCUGUCCACGCAGUAUCUAUUCCCCACUCGGACAACUUUGCUCGCCAGUCGACAUGUUCAGGCAAUUCAGCAGACGACAGAAGUGUUUGGUGCGAUUACGAUAUUUCGACGAACUACUACGACACAGUCCCUGAUACUGGCGUGACGCGAGAGUACUGGUUUGAGAUCACUAAUACAACAGCGUCACCUGAUGGCGUUGAGCGACUCAUUCUAUCAGUGAAUGGCAGCGUACCUGGACCGACAAUCAUUGCAGACUGGGGCGACACAGUCAUCGUGCACGUUACCAAUAGCCUUUCCACGAAUGGAACAGGUAUACACUUUCAUGGCAUACGGCAAAACUGGACGAACCCUAUGGACGGUGUUCCAAGUAUCACGCAAUGUCCCACGACUCCUGGAGAUACCUUUACGUACACUUGGCGCGCGACACAAUAUGGAAGUUCCUGGUACCACUCGCACUACAGCCUGCAAGCAUGGGAAGGUGUGUUUGGCGGCAUUCUCAUCAAUGGGCCUGCUACGGCGAAUUACGAUGAAGACCUAGGGGUACUAUUUCUGAAUGACUGGGAUCACCAGACGGUGAACGAGCUGUACACCUCCGCUGAAACUUCAGGACCGCCUACACUGGAUACAGGUCUCAUCAAUGGCACCAAUACAUGGGAAGAUACCUCCGGCUCCCGAUGGGAAACAAACUUCGUCUCUGGCACAUCCUAUCGGAUUCGUCUUGUGAACGGCGCAGUCGACACUCACUUCGACUUCAUGAUCGACAACCACACUCUUCAGGUCAUCGCUGCAGACUUCGUACCCAUCGUCCCAUACACCACCGAAACGCUCAGUAUCGGAAUGGGCCAACGCUACGACAUCAUCGUAACAGCAAACAUGUCCGGCGUAGCCUCCGACUUCUGGCUUCGCGCAAUCCCAGAUACUUUCUGCAGCAGUAACUCCUACCCCGACGACAUCAAAGGCAUAAUCCACUACGACAGCAGCACCGACACCCCCUCCACCUCGGCAUACGACUACGAUGAAGGCGACUGUUUCGGCGAAGCAGCCUCGGACCUGGUCCCAUACCUCUCCUUGGACGCUAGCACGGAUGGCGACGUAGAUGAAGAUCUGCCGGUCAGAGUCGGCUUCAAUUCCGCCAAGCUCUUCAAAUGGUACAUCGGGGGCACGACCAUGCAAGUCGAAUGGGACGAUCCUUCGGCCUUGCAAAUCGUAAAUAAUUCUUCUGACUGGUCUUCAUCAUCGGGCGUGCAUGAAAUUCCGACAGCCAACUCUUGGAGUAUCAUAAUCAUCGAGACUACGAGUACGAUCCCUCACCCGAUACAUUUGCAUGGACAUGACUUUUAUCAACUCGCGCAAGGCACGGGGACGUACGCGGAUGCGGCACCGACGCUUCAGACGACGAAUCCGCCCAGGAGGGAUGUUACGAUGUUGCCCGGGAGCGGGUAUGUGGUUAUUGCUUUUGUGGCGGAUAAUCCUGGGGCAUGGUUAUGCCAUUGCCAUAUUGGUUGGCAUACCGAGGAAGGCUUCGCGCUACAGUUUAUUGAGCGAUAUGAUGAGAUCGCGAGCAUGUAUAAUGCGACACUGCUAGAGGAUGAGUGCACCACCUGGGCUAACUGGACUGAGGAAUACAGUGUUGAGGACGAUGGGUCCGGAGUAUGA